GAAACCCAGGUGGACUGAUCAAUCGUGAUCUUCAGAUAUGCAUGGUACGUGCUCACAUACAUUUCCUGACGCAACCACCUCUAAGUCAGAAUGCAUUCAUCUGGCCAUAUGCUAUACAAGUCCCUCGCUGUAUUGGUUCAUGCAGUGUCCGUCGUGAUAUUGUGGAAUGCCGUGCCAAGACUAAGGUUGACAUCCCCCUUCAAGCGUACAGAGUUCCCUACCAUAGUAGCAGAAAGAGACGUGAAGUUAUGGACGAAUUCGCAAAAUUGAAAGGUAUUCUACAGGGUGUAUAAUUUUUUUCCAAUUUCUAUACAAGAUAUACAGGGGGUAUAAAAAGAAAAGGUAAUCAAACUUCAGCACGCCAUUGUACGUGAAUGACUCGGCGUAUGAAAACAAUUUUUUUCAUAUUCGGAAAGAUCAGACUUUUAUUGUAGCUAUUGAAUGACAUUUUUUCAUGCCAAGUGCAGAAAAAAUAAGCAAGUGCGAGUCCGAUAGAAAAUGUUAGUCAGGCCUGUUUUAUACGUCGAAUUUCGGUCGCGUCGAAUGCAAUUUAAACAAUAUAUAAUGAACUUUAAUAAGAUUUAUCAUCUCAUUAUCCAUUGUUUAUAAUUGCAUUCGACGCGACCAAAAUUCGACGUAUAAAAGUUAAACAGGUCUCAGAAUCGCAUAUUGUCACCUCUGUGCCUAAUUAAAACAGUGCAUAACAAAAGAAAAAGCAAUUAAUCAUGAAAUUGUCAUAGCUUAGCCGGCUAAGAUUUAUUCCUACUUGAUAAUAAUUAUGAAUAUUGCGUAGUUUAUUUAUUGUUUAUUUAGGUCCUAAAGGGGCCGCGGGGUUAAUUUUCAAUGGUUUUAGACCCAACUCUCAACGGUGAAGAUAUGCAAUUGUUACUAACAUUUUUUAUCGGAUUCGUAUUUGCUCAUUUGUUAUCCAUUUGCCAUGAAGAACAUAUCAUUGAACAGCUAAAAGCCUGAUCCGAAUAUGAUCGCAGAGUCGGUUGUUCGCAGAGUAAUUCAGAUGCAAUAGCGCGCUGAAAUUCGAUUACCUUUUUUUAUACACACUGUAUAUAUACAUCCUAUUUUAAUUUCGGCGCUGCCUACUCGCACAAGUUUUCUUCACUGUAAAUAAAAUUAACCUGGGUUUGCCAUUGGUCUUGUUGUAAAAUAGCCUCCCUCUCUUAUUAUUUCACCCAGCCUUUCAUAACAAACAGGCACAUGUGUACUGAUUGAAUAUAUUACGCGGUUCGGAACCGUUUCCCUUAUAAGGCCAGCUGCAAGGAGAAAGACAUUUGUUACCAUCGAUCUCUGUAGUCAUCGUUGAUCGCCUGGGAGAAUGAUUAUCCGGAUAAUUCAACAUCGGCAUCCCUGAAUAUUCUCGUUUGCUUGUCCUAUGAAGGGGGUUGCGAGGCCUUUGCAUUGGUUGGAGCCUUGAGGAGGGUUGUUAAAAACAAAAGAAAAAAAAAUGUGGCACCUGUUUGCAAAUAAAUCUUCCCAGUUGAACGGGAAAUUUUUUGUCAAAUAUGAGUUUUGGAUUGUGCAAAUAAACGUUCUACUAUAGCUCUUAUUGUGUAUGUUAGAAACUUAGAAUAUAGUCUGACAUUCGCAUAAAGUAAGAUUAGAAUCGCAUUAUAUAUACUGUAUAUAUAUGUUUUUUUGUGGGGAGGUUGGGGGAGCUAUAUACUUUUAAUAUUUAGUGGGUGUCUUCAUUAUUAAGAGCAUAAAAAUAGGGGGGGAGGUCGAUUUGUGUACAUCAUAAUAUAAGAAUCCUCCAACUCACAUCAGGGUGUAAAUAAUGAACGUUUCCCAACUUUCCGCCCCAUCUAUACAAUACAAAGGUUCAGAUUUGAUUUCCACUUCCGCUAACUCUCACUGGCUUAGUACGCAUCUGAUUGGUUAAUCGGAUAUAUCAAACGCAUCUGAUUGGUUAAUCGGGUAUAUCAAACGCAUCUGAUCGGUUAAUGGUUCCUAAAUAUAACGGUAGCGGUAGUGGAAGUCAAAUCUGAUCCUUUACAAUGUUGGCUAUACGCAGGUGCAACAAAAACAGUUCGGCCAGAGCUGCAUGUAGAUCACGUGUCCGUGCUAGAUAUUCAAACUCAUUGUACGGCCUGCACGCGUAAAAAUCUCAAUAAUCGCUUCUCAAUAGACCUUUCCCCUUUUGAGUGAAAUUUUGAUCUAGACAAGUCUGUUCAUCACAGCUUGAAAGAGCAUCACCAAGUUAGUAAUAUUCCAAAGUUUCGUUGCGAAAUGUUGUAAAAUGCGGAUAAUAUAGCCUUGCGAAGUUUGCCGUUUUUCAGUCAUUUUGUAUUACAAAUGGGAAAUUGAUAAUCAGUUUGAAUAUCCGAUUAUCAAUUUCCCGUUUGUAGGCCUAAUGCAAAAUGACUGAAAAACGGCAAACUUCGCAAGGCUAUAUUAUACGCAUUUUACAACAUUUCGCAACGAGACUUCGGAAUAUUACUAAUUUUGUGAUGCUCUUUCAGGUUGUGAUGAAAUUUUUGUCCAGGCAUAUCUAGAUCAAAAUUUCACUCAUAAGGGGAAAGGUCUAUAAGGAUGUGUUCGCACUGCUUGUUCCCAGUUGUUGACAAGUCUGGAACAAUUAACAAUAUCACGUAAUUACAAUUUGAUAACAACAAGCUCGUAGCAACUUGUUUACUUGCAUUAGCCUUGUUGGAACAACUUGUAGAAAAUCUGUUACAGUCGUGAGUCAUCAACUGUGCAACGAGGUGAUAACUUGUUCCAGAUUUGUCACAACAACUGGGAACAAAUAGUGCAAACACAUCCUGAUAUAUAUUUGUAACAACUUGUGCGUUUUUACGUGCUUCUAACACGCUCGUACAAUUUUUAGAUCCAAUUCACCAUUUGAGUAAACGCAGCACAACCGGUGUUCAGAUUCUUAGUUUGAACGUGGAAGGUCACUCUGAAUGCAAAUGCGAGUGCGCAGUAACCCAGAGAAUGUGU